UUUUAGGGUUUUUGGUUAAGUAUUUUAGUGAGUAUCGUCGCAAAAAUAGGAUUUUUGCUGAAAUGGAGUCUGUUUUGUGCUCGUGCGCUGGAAAGACACAGACUUUUGGGUUGUAAUCCUCUUUUAUGAAUGAGAAGGUUUAUGUAAAUUCAGAAUGACGAGUUUUGGAUUAUUCUCGCUUUUGGAAAAACGAGUGAGAAUUUUACCCGCUGUUGUAAAAUUUUACGGUUUCUGAAUUCAGUAAAAUUUUAGAUGGAAGUUUUAUAUAUCUGCGCGAGUUAGGAUAUGUCCUGAGAAUAAUUUUCAAGGGUGUGGAAGAAAAUUACAGUCGCGGAAAAAGAUUCGGCGAUAAGUUUUGGAAAUAUUUUAAGACGGACUUCCGUUCCGUAAGUUUUCUGUUUUUACGAGUUUUGCUCGUCGCGGCGCGCGAGAGCUAUGGGGCGUGAGAGAAAAUAUCUAGAUAUUUGUUAAAGUGAAAUGGAGGGCUAGGAUUGGCCUAGAGAAGUUGCCUUUUGAUCAAGUGGAUAUAAUUGAUCAUGAGCUUAUUACAUAGGAGACUUUUGACACAUUUUGUGGACUUAGAAAAUAUCACAAAACCUCUCCUCUUCUUUGUCUUGGCCGUGAGUGCCUUUUUCCAUUCCCUAACUUCACCAAAUUUUCCAUUCUUCACCAUUUGGUUCCAUUUCAAGCUUGGAAGCUCUAAGGAAAAGUGUAGAGAAUCACUUGCUUAAGGGCGCGCGAAAGUGUAGAAUUGUUCGAAGUUGUUUGAAAUUGGAAGCUUGCCGAGAUGAUGGUGUGCCACUUGAGGCCGUUGGUCGUGAGGAUGGCGAGGACUUCGUGGAUUAUGCCGGAGAGUAGAUGGUAGCUUUGGUUAGGCUACAUUUUUGUUUAGGCUUAGGGCCUAGUUUCUUUUGGAUGACUGUAUAGUAUACUCAGACAUGUUUAGUGCCUUUUGGCCGUGCGAUACAUUCGGUUCACGAGUUCUGUUUUGUUUAGGUUUGUGAACUUGAUGUAUCCUUUUGGAAUGUAAAUUAUUCAGGUGCACACUUUGCUUCUCGGAAGCCCGUGAAAAACAAUCUUUGAUAUUGUAUAUUGAUUUCUGUUUGUAUGGUUUAAUGAAUGAGCUUGUAAAGAGUUUCACGCGCACUCUGAUAAAUAUUUUAUUUAGCGUGUUAUUUUAAAAAAAAAAAAAAUAAUGCCCUCUUUUUGGUUUUAAAAAUCGGGGUGUUACAUUUUGGUAUCAGAGCUCGGCAUUAGAUCUUCAAAGGGAAAGUGUGUACAUGGGUUGACAGUCUGAGGUUAGUCGGUUUAGAGUUAGAGUCGCGUUGGUUACGCGAGUCGUUAGUGGGUAACAGUGGGUUUUCGUGAGAGUAACUCGCGGAUGAGUUAAUAUGGGUGUCUUCAACCAAACGUAUCUUGACUACACUUAAUGCUUAUUGAUUGGACAUGGAAGUUUUAUGAUUGGAAAAGGAUUUGAUCAAAAGAAUUGGUAUUGAAGGAAACAUGCCUCCAAGACGGGCAGAUGCGGAUCCUGUGACGGAAGAUGACCGGGUUGAACGUAUGGCUAACUCGAUGAACGUGAUGACAGCUGCUAUAACUGCCCAGACUAACGCGAAGACCCAAAGGGAUUUGGAGAAGCGCGAAAGAGAAGUUCAUGCUGCGGGGACUCGUGUCCUCACCAGUUUUAAUAAUCAGAAUCCUCCGAGGUUUCGAGGUGACGGAGGUCCUGCUGCUGCUGAUUUAUGGCUUCAAGCCAUGGAAAAGAUUUUGGGGGCUAUCCAUUGCCCAGAGGAAGAGAUGGUGACUCUAGCCACUUAUCAGCUGUUGGGUGAUGCUGAGUAUUGGUGGGGAAAUACUAGGUUGUUGAUGGAAGCGGCUGAUGAGGAAUAUACUUGGGAAAAUUUCAAGAGGAAGUUUUUGGCUAAGUACUUUCCGGAGACUGCAAGAGAAAGGUAUGGGGAAGAGUUCCUGAAGCUGACUCAGGGAGGAAUGAAUGUGGAGGCGUAUGCGAAGAAAUUUGAAUCCUUGUCAAGGUACUUUCGUUUCUUCAGGGAUGGCAUUGAUGAGACAUAUAUGUGCCGUCGUUUCCAAGGUGGUUUAAGGUAUGAGCUGCAAGAUGCGGUAGUACCCUUGGGGAUUCGACACUUUCAGGUGCUGGUGGAGAAGUGUCAGGAAAUUGAGGACAUGAGGAGUAAGCGGGUGAAUAGUCAAAGGAGUUUCAGUGUUGGGGGACCUAGUCGUCCAAGUAAUCAGAAUCGUGGAAGGCAAGGGAAUGAGCCUUACAACCGUCCCCGGAAUAAUCGGGAAUUAAAUCAUUCUGAAAACCAAGGAAACCGAGGCAGUCGAAUUAGAUAUAAGCGGACAUGCUACAAUUGUGGUCAGGAGGGCCAUUACUUCUAUGAAUGUGGUUUGCAAGGCUCUCUCUGCUACAAUUGUAAGAAACCGGGUCACUUUGCUAGAGAUUGCAAGGCUCCAAAAGUGGCACCGCCGGUGAAUGCAAACCAGGGAGCUCGACCCACUGCCACAGGACGUGUUUACUAUAUGGGCACUGGAGUGAGCGGUCAAGCUAGUAAUGCUAUCCGUAAGGAUUACCAGAUUGUAGGUAACGCUUUAACUGCAUUGAUUGAUGUUGGGGCAACCCACUUUUAUGUUUAUUGGGUGUGCUGUUUGCUUGGGAUUGUUUGUUUGUCACUGCUUUUGUUUUGAAUGUUUCUACUCUGUAAAGGACUUAGUAGUAAUUAUAGCAUGUUUGCACUAUUUAGUGGUAAUUUGGAAUUAAUUUCGAUGAUUGGAUAAUCAUCGGGGCGAGUCAUGUUGGAAUUAAGGAUGUUGCUAGUCAAGAGUGAGUGAACCUAGCGUGGCUAGACGACAGUUAUACCAACGAUGGGUACCUUAAGGGUUUAAGUUGAGUGUUUAGGACAUAUGGGAUUAUGAAAUGUGAGUAUUAAGGGUAAAUCACGUGAUGAUUUAAGGUAGGAGGCCAAGUAUCACGUUGGUAAGUGACGAUCUAUACAUAGUUUGGGGGAGGUUGUGAGUAUAGAUGUAGAAAUGAGAUAAAACCUUCAGAAAAUUAAUUGUGGGUUAAGUAUGAAAUUGGAGAGAUGUUUGGGUAAGAACGAGUAGUUCAACCUUGGAACGUAAGUUUUAUGUCGAUGUUAAGCGAUGCUAGAGGUAUAUAGUUUGGAAAUACCUAGAGAGUUGUAGCCGUGUACGCUAGCAUUGUUAGUUUUGGCGGGUAAAAACCUAAGAGAAAUUAAAUUUCUCAAGUAGUUUGACGGGAUUAGACCAUAAGCGAGUAGAGGCUCGGUAUGAAUGGGCAUUUAAGUUAACAAUUUCGAUCGACCAAGAGGGUUGAAGGAUCAUGUAGCACCUUGUAGUGUAUCAUUUGUGCUUGGUGGGUAGCCUUGAGAAGUCGGGCGUAAAGUUGAGUUAUUACUCUUACUUUAGUUUCGAGGACGAAACUUCUUUUUGGUGGGUAGUAAUGUAAGACCCGUAAUUCCACAGUACUUUUGUGUGAGGAAAUAAAUAAUGGCUAAGAGGUUUUAGGGUUUUUGGUUAAGUAUUUUAGUGAGUAUCGUCGCAAAAAUAGGAUUUUUGCUGAAAUGGAGUCUGUUUUGUGCUCGUGCGCUGGAAAGACACAGACUUUUGGGUUGUAAUCCUCUUUUAUGAAUGAGAAGGUUUAUGUAAAUUCAGAAUGACGAGUUUUGGAUUAUUCUCGCUUUUGGAAAAACGAGUGAGAAUUUUACCCGCUGUUGUAAAAUUUUACGGUUUCUGAAUUCAGUAAAAUUUUAGAUGGAAGUUUUAUAUAUUGCGCGAGUUAGGAUAUGUCCUGAGAAUAAUUUUCAAGGGUGUGGAAGAAAAUUACAGUCGCGGAAAAAGAUUCGGCGAUAAGUUUUGGAAAUAUUUUAAGACGGACUUCCGUUCCGUAAGUUUUCUGUUUUUACGAGUUUUGCUCGUCGCGGCGCGCGAGAGCUAUGGGGCGUGAGAGAAAAUAUCUAGAUAUUUGUUAAAGUGAAAUGGAGGGCUAGGAUUGGCCUAGAGAAGUUGCCUUUUGAUCAAGUGGAUAUAAUUGAUCAUGAGCUUAUUACAUAGGAGACUUUUGACACAUUUUGUGGACUUAGAAAAUAUCACAAAACCUCUCCUCUUCUUUGUCUUGGCCGUGAGUGCCUUUUUCCAUUCCCUAACUUCACCAAAUUUUCCAUUCUUCACCAUUUGGUUCCAUUUCAAGCUUGGAAGCUCUAAGGAAAAGUGUAGAGAAUCACUUGCUUAAGGGCGCGCGAAAGUGUAGAAUUGUUCGAAGUUGUUUGAAAUUGGAAGCUUGCCGAGUUGGUGACCCUUGCUUGUUUGAUACGUGAACGGGUUAUCCCCCACCUUAGAUGAUGGUGUGCCACUUGAGGCCGUUGGUCGUGAGGAUGGCGAGGACUUCGUGGAUUAUGCCGGAGAGUAGAUGGUAGCUUUGGUUAGGCUACAUUUUUGUUUAGGCUUAGGGCCUAGUUUCUUUUGGAUGACUGUAUAGUAUACUCAGACAUGUUUAGUGCCUUUUGGCCGUGCGAUACAUUCGGUUCACGAGUUCUGUUUUGUUUAGGUUUGUGAACUUGAUGUAUCCUUUUGGAAUGUAAAUUAUUCAGGUGCACACUUUGCUUCUCGGAAGCCCGUGAAAUACAAUCUUUGAUAUUGUAUAUUGAUUUCUGUUUGUAUGGUUUAAUGAAUGAGCUUGUAAA